CUUCUGCAAUCAUGGUUUCAGGCGAAGGAGGAUGCUUCUGCGGUAAUAUCCGUUACUCCGUGAAUGGCGAGGGGCUUGCCACAGCCCUUUGCCAUUGCACCGAUUGUCGCAAGAUUACAGGUAGCACCUACAGCACCAACCUUGUGGUCAAAGAAGAAAGCUUCAAGUGGUUGUCCGGAACUCCCAAAACCAUCUCGAAGACCGCCGAUUCCGGCAAGGAGAUCACCAGCCAUUUCUGCGGAGGCUGUGGCUCGACUUUGACCAGGACUGGCGGCAGCUUCCCCAACCAGGUCAUUAUCAAGGUCGGCACUUUGGACGAUUUCGACGCUUUGAAUGAGGCAAAGCCGGUGGUGGAGUUUUUCGCCCCAGAGCGUGUUGACUGGGUCAACGCGGUUCCUGGCGCAGGCCAGAACAAGACCAUGGCCUAA